UGGUCGUCGUCAUCUCUCUUUCAAAAGUCUAAUAUUCCUGUUUAUAGACAUGUGAUCAUGUUGUGACCUGGAACUUUAUGUGCUGUUCACUGUCCAGCAGGAGUGAUAGUUUGCGACGCGUCCUCCAAGUAAAGAGGCAAUAUCAACCGUCCAUCAUGGGCUAUGAAACAGCAAGAUUUACUUCAGCUAACAUAGACAAAGAUCUCAUGUGCCCAAUCUGCAUGUGUGUGCUGGAAAAGCCUGUGGAGACACCAUGUGAGCACAGUUUCUGCGAGGCAUGCAUCCUGCAGUGGCUGCAGACGAGACGCCGUUGUCCGCUAGACAACACAGUGGUGGGCACGAAUCAGCUGUGUGAGCCCAGCAGACUGCUCACCAAUCAGCUGGGCAGACUGGAGAUCGCGUGCGAUUUUCGCGCCGAGGGCUGCACGGAGAGGGUGCCUCUGGAGUAUCUGGCCGCGCACCGUCUGAAGUGUCCGCACAACCCUCGGCCGGGCCAGCAGCCGCGGACGGCCGACGCCCGCGCCGCCGUCCAGCCCAGACAGGGCCGGCCUGCGUACCACGACCAGUACGAGGACGACGACGUGCCCUCCGGCCUGGAGGCUGGACUGGCCGUCGGAGCCGUGGCCAUGGUCGGAGCCGCCAUCGGAGCCGUCGUCGGCGGCAUUAUCGGCUACAAGCGCGGCAGGAACCGAACGCACGACUGAUGGACGAGUCGACCGACGGCAACUCUACCAGAUGUGCUGCACAUCAGAGGAUGGUCUCAACUGAUUUAAUGCGAUUGAUGAUUGUUACAUUGAUGAUGGCACGCACGUCUUCGAACUUGCUUAAUGAUCACGAUGGUAGAAUUGAUCGAUUUCGGCCGGCGCGCCGAGGCGCGUUGCUGACGUUAGUGUCUUAGGGUAUAUUUAUUAUGGGUAGGUACUUAAACUGAACAGCCAAACGCUCAGCAGCUGCAUUGAAGUUUGUUGGAUCCGAUGCGGCUGCAAGCUUUAUCUCUGUCACGCAUUCGGCAGACUAUUGAGUUGACUCC